GUCCAGAUUGGAUGUGGUGUUGACUGCGGCAGGGUUGUCUGUCGUAGAAGGCGUCUUCUCGUCGGAUGCUGGAGAAGCCAUGAUGCAGCUGCCGUUGCAGUCGCGAGAGAAGAGUCAACGGGGUGAAAAUGGCAAGGCGGAAUACGACCAGACGAUAUAAGGGAGAAAGGAGAGAUAAAGAGGGAAAACAUGAGGAAAAGAGGAAAAGAAAAGAAAAGAAGACAGCGGCUCUCUCACCGCAUCUAGAAGCCCGAGAUCUUAGGGCUCAGGGCCAUCCAAACCAGUGAGAU